UUUCCCAAUUACCUUGCCUUUUAAGCAUUCCUUCCCUCUCUCAUAUUUCCCUUUCUUGCACCCCUGAAAUCUCUCUCUCUCUCUGCAACAUCGCGAAAGAGCAUGAUUGAAUUGCUUGGAUGUCCAGAGACAGAGAGAGAUUUGAUGAGAUAGGUAAGAAGAUCAAGAGAGAAGCAGAUGCAUCUGAUCGAAUGGGCAGGAGACACUUAUUGGGACCUCUUGGGACCCUUAAUACCAUUACACCCUGUGCUGCUUGUAAGCUUCUAAGGCGAAGGUGUGCUCAAGAAUGCCCUUUCUCUCCUUACUUCUCACCUCAUGAGCCCCAGAAGUUUGCUUCUGUUCAUAAAGUCUUUGGUGCAAGCAACGUCUCCAAGAUGCUAAUGGAAGUGCCAGAGAGUCUAAGAGCCGAUGCAGCGAAUAGUCUUGUUUACGAAGCAAACGCGAGGCUUAGGGACCCAAUUUAUGGGUGCAUGGGUGCAAUCUCGGCCUUGCAACACCAAGUUCAUUCAUUACAAGCUGAGCUUAAUGCAGUAAGAGUUGAGAUAAUGAAGUAUAGGGAAAGUAGCAGUGCUAAUCUCCUUUCAUCCUCACAUGCUGCUUUGCUUUCUUCUGGGGCAGUUUCAGUUGCUGCACCACCGCUGGCACCACCACCAUCUCCACCUCUGCUGCUGACACCUCCGGCUACUACUGCUGCUCCUACUGCUUCUUCUUCUACCAUGUACACUCCCCCUUCUACCACCUCGGACUAUAGUUCCAUUACCAUUGAAAAUAUCUCCUAUUUUAGCUAAA